CUCCUUAUAAAGCCAAAAUUGUUGAAACACUGGAUAACUUAGGAGCCUUACUAUCUCUUGAUGAGCUUAAGGAAGCUCUACAGCUUCUUGAUGGGGUGCCAGUUGUUCUAAUCGCUACGAAUGUUCCUAAAAGUGUUUAUUCCGACCCAAUUUCAAAGGCUGAAUUCGAAAACGUAUUUAAAUGCUUUGAUGCGUCUUCAACAUUCAUAUAUCUUCCAAGCUUUUGUCGAGCUCAGCUUAUUUGA